AUAAAAUAUAUCAUAAAAUUUUACAAAAUUCUAUGUAUUGCAAUAUAUACAUAUUGCAUAUUUGAUUAUGAGAAAAUCAAAUCUCAUGGAAAGAUUCGCAGUAUAAUAUAAAUUUAAAAAGUAAUGGAAAAAAUUAAUUGAAUCUUCUAUGAGCAUUGACAUGAUUUCCAAGAAACGAUUUACUCAAUCAUAACAAUUUCUUUUUUUAUUAACAUGACGGAGGCAAUAAGGAUAGAAGCUGAAGUAAACCUGUAUUUAUAUAUAUUUGAAUAUUUGGUUUCGUAAAAUGUGAUUAAAAGUAAAACAAACAGAAAUGACGAACCGUUUUACAUAUCUAAUUAAUUUAAGAAUAACUUAACUUAAUAAAUAAAUUUCAAAGAACUCAAAAUAAAUUGCUGUUAAGAAUAUGCAUUGCGAACGCAUUUUCACUUAGUUAUAAGAGAGAUAUUUAUGACAAAAGGAAGAAAAGCGUAAGACCGUUUCUGCAAAAAACUUGCAUGAGUUUGCAUAUCCGUCUAAUUGCACGUAACACGAUAUACUCGUAUAUGAGAAGCAAAAAUAAAAAUAAAAUACAUCUAGCUAGCCUUUAAUUUUAUUUAAUGUGUGUUUGUUCAUAUCAUUAACUAUUACGUAAUAUCAUUGCGGAUUAUAACUGUCUUGUAUAAACUACAUAUCUAAAUCAUCUCAUUUAGAUUUUCUUUAGAAAGAGAUUCUUACAAAUAUUUCAUUUUAUUACAACCUUCAAAUAAUUAACUCAUUCUUUCUAAUAUAUAAUUUUUAUAGAUUAGAGACAAUGAGAAACGGCAAAAGUGAUUAAUGAUAGCACGACGAGUCAUUCAACUGUGAAAAGCUGCAGCGGUAUAAUGAGAGUAAGAAAAGAUGACUCUCUCGUAGAGAUUAGAUUUGAGUAGGGAACGAUAGCGCGGAGAUUUCUGUUCACGGACGAGAGAUUAAAGAUCUACGAGUGGCUUGCUUCUAGAGCGGAACAUUGAAUGGUCCUAUUAUUAAUCGAAUUGGUGAACGAUCUUUUACGUGAAGAAAACGGAUUCAGAAUAACAAAACAUCAUGAAGCCAGAAGUCCUGUUCAUCCUUGCCAACUUUAUUACCUCUACCUUUUUAGUGGUCGCAAUUGCAAAAGCUUCCGUCAGACAGCGGACGCAAAGCAACAAUCACACCAACAUUAGCGAUCUAUUAGAUAAUCUACUUCGAGGUUACGACAACAGCAUUAGACCUGACUUUGGCGGGCCACCGGCCACUGUUGAGGUUGAUAUUAUGGUACGCAGUAUGGGACCCAUUUCCGAGGUGGAUAUGACAUACUCAAUGGACUGUUACUUCCGGCAAUCGUGGGUUGAUAGACGUUUAGCAUUUCAAGGUGGUAAAGAAACGCUUGCUCUGAGUAUUUCUAUGUUGGCACGGAUAUGGAAACCCGACACGUACUUCUACAAUGGCAAGCACAGUUACUUGCAUACGAUCACCAGUCCGAAUAAAUUCGUUAGGCUUUAUCAAAAUGGCAGAGUACUUUACAGUUCUAGACUUACGAUCAAAGCAGGAUGUCCUAUGAAUCUCGAAAAUUUUCCAAUGGAUACACAGAGAUGUCCAUUGCAAUUUGGCAGCUUUGGCUAUACAACACGCGACGUAAUUUACAAGUGGAACAGCGCAAGGCAAGUUGCUAUAGCGGAGGACAUGAAGCUGUCGCAAUUUGAUCUGGUCGCUAAUCCUACCGCAAAUCAUUCGAGUGUACCGGGUUUUUCGCAUGCUGAAUACUCAAUGCUCCUAGUAUACUUUCACUUACAAAGACACAUGGGUAACUUUUUAAUACAAGUAUACGGUCCUUGCAUCCUACUGGUCGUCUUAUCUUGGGUCUCAUUUUGGUUGAACAGAGAAGCUACUGCCGAUAGAGUGUCAUUAGGCAUAACAACUGUAUUAACAAUGACAUUCUUAGGACUCGAAGCGAGAACCGACCUGCCUAAAGUUUCUUACCCUACUGCUCUGGAUUUUUUCGUUUUUCUGUCGUUCGCGUUCAUCUUUGCCACUAUAAUACAAUUCGCAGUGGUGCAUUAUUUCACCAAGUACGGAUCAGGAGAGUGUUACUUUAGCUCUGAUCUAAGCGACACUGAAAGUUCGAGUGAAGAGGAAAAUAUAACUAGAAGACUAAUUAAAAAUCAACCGGCUGGUCGGAAGAGUUCCACAAGUUCUAGUGCGCGAGGAUGUAGCAAUCGUAACUUGGCGAUAAAUGGUGACAGUAUGAUCGAAGUGAUACCAUUGUCAGCGAUCUCGAUAUCUGAUAGAGAUCCAAUAGUGACUGGACACUGGCAAGUAUCCUGUGUAACUUGUAGCCCAUCGCCGCGACAAAUGCCAUCGCCCGCGUCGCCGCUGCCGCCACCGCUCUCCAGGCGUAUAACGUCGUCCACAUCCAAAAAACGUCCACGACGUCGGCGAACACCUAGAUACAAUUCAGUAUCGAAGAUUGAUCGUGUCAGUCGUGUAAUGUUUCCCCUCUUUUUCCUGACCAUCAAUCUCUUUUAUUGGUACGCGUAUCUCUCGCGCAGCGAACGAAUCCACUAUUACAACUCUAACGCCGCGUAAUAGUCUCUCUUUCCUCAAACAAAAUUGUAAAGAUUACAAAAUAUAUUGCCAACUAAAACAGUCAAGAAUUUAUAAACAUAAUUUUCCGCUAACAUGGCAAAAGGACAAAUCUUAAUGUAAAUUUACUUGUAAAAUUAUGAGUACCUAAUUUUUAUCUCAAUCAUUGUCAGAUCAAAAAUGAUAAGAUUUUAUUGGGGGAAAAAUUAAAAUUUGAAAGGAUAAAAGAUUUCGGAUAAAGGGCAGAAGUUUAUUGAUAAUAAAUGGUAAGUAGAAAAUUAUACUUGUCAUGGACGUCCAUUUCAAAACCCUAAUAGUUAAAUCUUUUGAUGUCAUAUUGCCAACACUAAUUAAAACUAAUUCGAAACACAGAUAUUUCUUACUUCUAUCACAAAAUGAGACAACAUUAUAUCUGUUAAAUUGAAUUCGUUCACAAAUUCUAUUUUUAAUCAUGGCAAACUGAUAGCAAUAUAUCAAUAUAAAUUUGCUAUCAAUCAUUCGUUGCUAUCAUGUUAUAUCGCAAACAAUAUAAUAUGCUAGUAUUGCUGACCGUUUUGUUUAAACUUUUGUUUCCAGCGAAAUUUGAAAUAAAAUCAAUACUGUCAAAAGUCUCUUCGUCUAGGGACUCUGAUAAUACUGAAUGCAUUCCAUUUAACGCUCGCAAGAACCGCGGAAUCAUUUCAUGUUUUAAACAGAGAUAAGUGACGCUCGCGAAUGUUGUGAGCGUUAAAUGGAGCGCAUCUAAUAUCUAUAUAUAUUCCAUAAAAAAUAAGAUAAUGUUAACAUCCAAUAUUUUAUCGAUCAAAAAUUCAUUUAUGUAUUCUUAUAAUUAAAUUCACGUAAAGCAGUCUUUAAAGGUACGCAAAAAUUUAUCAAAGGAAAGUAUAUCACGGCAGGAGAUAAGUAUCGGGGAAAUUGCGCCGCGCGUACAAUUAAAUGAUAUUGAAAAAUUAUUGCGAUUAUCAGAAAUACAGAAUUUGCGAGUAGAUUUACUGAUAAAAGAACCGCUGACUAAUUAGUGCCGCAACACGUGAUUAUGUCGUUCCGCUAUUCCCAGCAUACUUUCCGUAACUUCCUCACCUAGUAUACUUUUCUAAUACCUUGGAUAAAAUUUUAUGCAAAUUUGAGGUGUAAGAAAAUCAGUGCGUUAAUACGUGACUCAUGCCACUCUUGCCAUUCCUAGCGUACUUCCGGUAACUUCCUCGCCUAGUAUGCUUUUCAGAUACUUCGAAUGAAAUUUUACGCAAGAGGCGAUAGGCGCUAGCUUAAAAUCAGCAUAAAUCAGCACGCCAACACAAGACGACGUGACUCAUGUCGCUCCCAGCAUACAUGCAGUAAUCUCUUUGCCUAGUAUACUUUUCGAAUAUCUCUUCACAAUUUCGAAAGGUAGAGAAUUACGAGAAUUACGAGAACCAAUUCUCACAAUUUCAAGAGGCACGAAACCUAAUUUUUGCUUACCUUGUAUUAUCUUCAAAUAACUUUUACGGUAUUUCAAGCGCUUGAGAGGCGCAUAAUUAAAUUCUCGUUAUAUUUAAUCAUUAAUUAAUUAGAUUAAAUUGUAAUAUAUAAUUUAAAAAAUCUUUUCAAAAAUUAAUUUUUCUUCAUCGCGCAUUCGAGAAACUGUUCUCUUAAUCUGUAAAACCAUAUAUUUUAAAAAUGUAAUCUAUGUUGCUGAACUCGAAAUAUGUUUUAUUUUGAUGUUAACAAAUGUAUAGCAAAUAACACCACAUGCACAUGCAAUCCUUAGAAUGCUAUAUCACGCUAAAAGUUAUCUUGGAAACGAGUGUGUGAAAAUAACGAUUAAGAAAUAUUAAUUUAAAAUAUAUCGUAAAAGCAAAAUUUUUUUUUUAAAUAAACCUAACAAAUAAGCAAAACAAAGCACUCAAAAAUUAAAUAAAAGAAAAGUUAUUUUAAUGUUUUAAUAUGAUUUGCUUAUGUUCUCAAUCUCUUGCUCUGCCUUAAGAAAUUAUCAAAGUAGUAAAAGCAAUUAAAUUUCUUCAUUAUAAUAGUGUUUUAAAUACACAUUGUUUUAAAUACAAAUACAUGAAAUUUAAAAUAAUUCCUUAUAAAAUACCACGUGUUAUUAAAACUAAAAUUUGUCAUAGUCCCAGAUGAUUAUAAAAUCUCUAAAUUAGUGAAAAUUAUUAACAUUGCAAAAAAAUUAAAAUGUCAAAAAUUUAAACUAGAGCUCUUGUUAUAUCUAUUUUUUGCUGUCAGAUAGAAGCAUUUAAUUAUUCAGAAUUUAAACAAAUAAUUGUAGAUUGUGUCAAUAUCUUGCGAAGCAAUUAGGAUUCAUCAAUAAUAAAACCAUCUAACAAAAAUUUCAGUUUGCAUUAUUAACAUACGUUACAGACAUAAUUGUUAUCAAAUGUACAUGCAAAAUUAUCUACAAACAAAUACCUCGAGAUUAAUAGAUACACGUUUUUCUUAUUAAAA